AUGGCUCUCACGCGACGCCAGCCAUAUGCCCAAAUCAUCGACGGCGAACCAAGGUGCCCUCUUGCGACUCCGGAAACCAUCAGGAAUGGUCUGCAAUUCGUUGCGCACAAAGGAGACCUAUUGCAGGUGUCGUACCUCAGAAGCGGAACGCACUGGGUCCAGUACAUCAUUCAGUUAAUCCUCAACGAUGGGAAGCCGAUCGACAGCUACGACGAGUUCCAUCGACGCGCCCGUAAUGUCGAGUAUUACGCAGACAUAUCGCAGUACAAGGCCAUCGGACCAGUGCGUACUCUUCGCACUCACCUUCCGUUGCGCUUGGAAAAGCUUAACCCAGAGGCAAAGUACGUCUACGUGGCCCGCAACCCUUGGGAUGUCUGCGUGUCACUCUACCACCUCGUGACUUCGCUGAGCUUCUAUCGCUUUCAAGAUGGCACAUUCGACGAUUUUCUGGAGACUUUCUUGACGGGUUGUCUUCCUUACGGCUGUUACUUCGAACACCUGGUGGCCGGUUACUCGCUCAAGGACGAGCCGAACGUUCUCUUUCUCACGUACGAAGAAUUGCAGAGAGACAUACGGGAAGUGGUGCUUCGUGUCGCCAGCUUCAUCGGCGAGCAUUACUUGAAAGCUCUAAAGGAGAAUGGAGAGGAAGGGCAGAACCUAUUGGACGUUAUCAUCAGAAACAGCAGUGCCGAGAGCAUGAAAAAGGUUAUGGUCUUCAACUUUAGCGAGUGCUCUGACCCAGAUGUAGACAGGCGGUUCAAGAGCUUAAACAUCACUACAAAUUCAGCCCACGAAGGAGAUACGACGCGCCAUAACUGUGUGAGAAACUGCAAGGUUGGAAAGUGGAAGGAGUACUUUUCUCCCGAGCAGCUGCGACGUAUGGAGACCACCAUCAGAGAAAAGACGAAGGGUUCUAGCGUUAUGGACCUUUGGAGAGACAUACGGGCAGAGGCGUUGCGCAUGAGCCGAGAAAAGGAGACACCGGCGUCGUUGACACAGUUGUGA